UUUUCUGCUAUUACAAGGAUAGUAUUCAAAUUUAGAUAUAUGUGGACUCCUAAAACAGUGCUUUUAUCAGUGGAGUGACUAUUGCAAUUUAGCACUUAUUAAUGUUUUUCCUUAAUUUCAGUUGUUGACUAGAUGACCAUCACUACAAAAAAUGAGAGGCCUAAGAGAUUUUAGAUUCUUACAGAGGCAAAUAGAAGACUGGUUGUCCAAGAAGAUUGUUGCCUUUUUCUUUAACAUUUUUAGUUAUUGCAGUAGUCCUCGGGGGACCAUCCCCAGGAGCUCCUUGCUCCUCUCUUCUCCACAAACUAACCACCUUUCGAAUCUCUCCAAUCAGUUUCAUUCCCUUGUCAACGAAUCCUCCAUCAAGUUGGCUCCUGGUCAGGUGUCUCUAUUCCAUCUGAGUUCUUCUCCCUUUCAAAGAUUUGGUUUUGCUUUUUCUGCGUCCCCCGAGACUUCUGAAAAAGAACAUGGGAGUAAUUCAGAGAAUAAUGGAGAUGCUAAAGUCUCCAGUCAAGCCGCCUCUGAGCAGAGUGAUGUUGCUGAUCAGACAAAAGAAUCAGGUUCUAUAUCAGAUUCUCAGUCUACUAUGUCUAAUAAUGUGAAAACAAGGAGAAGAACUAAGCGAGCAGCAUUUUCUUAUUCAAAUUCCGACGAGGAUUUGAGUGUAGAUGAUCUCGUGAAACUUGUGGCUGAGAAGGAAGAGCUUUUGAAGCAGAAGCAUAAAGAGAUUGAGAAAAUGCAAGAUAAAGUCCUCAGAAGCUAUGCGGAAAUGGAGAAUGUCAUGGACAGGACACGACGUGAAGCAGAGAACUCGAAACAAUUUGCCAUUCAGAAUUUCGCAAAGAGUCUACUUGAUGUUGCAGACAAUUUGGGAUGAGCUUCUUCAGUUGUCAAAGAAAGUUUUUCAAAGAUUGACACAUCUAAGGAUUCAUCUGGGGCUGCUCCACUUUUAAAAACACUUCUAGAGGGUGUUGAAAUGACAGAAAAACAACUUGUAGAGUGUGGUGGGAAAAAUACAUAUACACUUGGCGAAAUUAAUGAAAUUCGAAAUGAAUAGGCAACCAAGCUUCUUGAGCGGACGAGUCAUAGCUAGAGUAACUUUUGAAAUCAUAAUUAAAAAAUAUACUAAUUGUAGUUUUUAGUUAGCACUUACAUAGUUAUUCCAAGUCUAUAUUUUGAUCUUGCAAUUUUUAGAUUUUGAACAUACUGAGUUAUAUUGAUUUUGUCUGCCUAUUGAUUCUAUUUGAACUAUAUUGUAAUUACACAGGAAAUUAUGAAUGAAUAUAGUAUUGAAAAUAGAGAAAUGAAAAAAUUAUCAUAUUUUACAUGGGACGUCGGUCUCUACAAAACUGUCGUCUUAUGUAUUGCAGGGGACGGUGUUUACACAUAAAUUGUCAUCUCAUGUACUGCAGGAGGAUGACGCUUGAGUAGGAACUGUCAUCUCAUUUACUGCAGUGGAUGACGUUUACACAUAAACUGUCGUCUCAUGUACUACAAGAGAGAACGUUUGUAUAGGAACUAUUGUCUCAUGUAUGACGGGAGAUGACGCUUUUAUUUAAACUGUUGUUUCAUGCUUUACAUGGCAUGACAUUGCAUGGGACGACGGUAUUAGAACCGACAUAUGAGAGUCCAUACAACGGUUUAAAACCAUCGUCCCAUGUCAAUUUUGUAGUAGUGAUAUUGGCUAUGAUUU